AUGGUGAAGUGCAUGCGGCAGAAACCCGCAGAGGAGCUGCUGUCCGAGUCGGAGGAUUUCGGGGAGAUGAUGUCGGACUGUUCCCUGAGCGACGUCCUCUACUCCAAGUGUUCCGCAAUGGACCAGAUCGGCUCCUUCAUGAGGAACGUGCAGGUGCUGCUGGAUGCGGCGGAUUACAUAGAAAGCGUGGAGAAGACCAGCGGAAAGUGUGAGCACGGCUACGCCUCCAUAUACCCUGCAACCCAGAGCGAGCAUCAGCAGAAACAACGCAAAUUCAAAAACAGGAAAUUGGACAAUAUUCUCAAUAGGUCAGCGCACAACGAACUGGAAAAAAAUAGACGAGCACAUCUCCGCCUGUGUUUGGAGAGGUUGAAGUCCCUCAUCCCUCUGGGACCAGACUGCAGUCGGCACACCACGCUGGGACUGCUCAACAAGGCCAAAUCACAUAUCAAGAAACUUGAAGAGCUGGACCGGAGGAGUCAGCACCAGCUGGACAACUUAGAGCGAGAGCAGAGGCACCUGCAGAGGCAGCUCUCCCAGCUGCAGCCCCAUGGAGAGAGGGAGAGGGUCCGCACAGACAGCCUGGGCUCGAGGAUGGACUCAGACCGCUACGAGUCGGACAGAGAGGAAAUUGAAGUGGAUGUGGAAAGCACUGAGUUCUCCCAUGGAGAAAUGGACAGUGUCAGCACCAGUGGUACCAGUGACCUGGAGGACCACAGCAGCCGACUGAGCUCGGCCAGUGACGAGGGCUACUCCACGUGCAGUUUAAAACUGGCCUUCUCUGCCUGA